AUGUUUCAGUCAAAGAAAGGAUCUUUAAAGAUCAAUAUUAAUUGUAAUACAUCUUCACCUAAUACUCCUGUCGAUAAUGCCAUUGAGAGUUCAAAUUUAUUUAAUCCUGUAACAUCAUCUGCUACAACAACAACAACAACAAGUACCACUUCUACUUCAACUUCAACUUCAACUCAACAAUCGAAUAAUAAUGUAAACAAUGGUUCAUCAUCAUCAUCAUCAUCGCAAUCAACACUAAGCAACAAUAAUAACAAUGGUGUUACUAGUAGUGGUAUAAGGAAUAGUACAGGUAACCAAUUAACAGAAAGAGAAAGGGAAAGAGAAAGAGAGAUUAGAAAUAUAUCAAACAGUUUCAAUAAUUUUGUUAUUUCAUCAAAUGAUCCCGAUAAACCUUUUUCAUUAACAAAUAGUGGAACAUUUAAAGAAGGUGAUUUAGCAAUAAACAAAAAAGGUUUACUCAUCAAAGGUGAAUCACCAAGAAACAGUCCACUCAAUUUUACUGAUAGAAGAAGAUAUCCAAAUAGAUAUAGUAAUUUAGGUAUUGGUACAAAUAAUAAAUCUUUAGAUAAUAGUAACAACAACAAUAAUAAGUCAAAUAAUCAAAAUAUUAAUAAUAGUAUUAGUACAAACAAUAAUAAUAAUAAUAAUGUAAAGAAUAAUAAUGAAUCUAAUAACAAUAAUAACAAUAGUAGUAGUAAUAAUAAUAAUAAUAAUAAUAAUAAUAAUAAUAAACUAUCGGAUUUACAGGUUGUAAAGAUUUUAGGAAAAGGAGAAGGUGGUGUUGUUAAAUUGGCGUAUCACAAGAAAUCGAAUAGUUAUUUGGCGUUAAAGGUGGUCACACUCGAUAUACAAGAGAAUGUAAGGAAACAGAUUCUGUUGGAGUUAAAGACGCUGCACAAGACACACUGUCCCUACAUCGUUUCAUUCUACGAUGCAUUCUACAACGAUGGAUCCAUACACAUCGUGCUUGAAUACAUGGAUGGUGGAUCACUCACUGAUCUACUGGCAAAGGUCAAGGCGGUGACAUGGGUAGGCACCGUUGUCUAUAUGUCACCGGAGCGUAUCAGUGGUCGCUCGUAUUCCUACGAUUCCGACAUCUGGAGUCUGGGAUUAACCAUGCUGGAGUGUGCAAUUGGUAGAUUCCCAUAUCCACCCGAUAAUAACAACAGUAGCGGUGGUAGCGGUGACACAGAUGGUGGUCCAAAUAUUGGAAUUGGAUUCUGGACAUUGAUGGACUAUAUCGUGAAAGAACCUGCACCAGUACCACCACCCGAUAGAUUUUCAAAAGAGUUUUGUUCGUUUAUUUCUGAUUGUUUACAAAAGGAACCAGAAGAUAGACCAAGUGCAUCUACUUUACUAAAUCAUCCAUUUAUUAAAAAAUAUGAGAACGAAGAUAUUAAUUUAGAAGAAUGGAUAACGAAUCAUUUGAAAUCAUCUUAA